AUGUAUAAUUUACAGCAAAGAGCAAAUAAUGUUUUCUCUUUUGCUAUUACUGUCAUCGGUACAGUUUUAGCAGUGGUUGCAGUUAUUUCUGCUAUUGCUGGAUACGGCACCAUCAAUGAUACCCUUCAAGUAGACGCAAAGAACAUUAAAAUUAUAACUCGUAGAUACGGACCAGAAGACACAGAUUAUCGUGAUAGAAACAGCGAAUUUGCUCGAUUGACAUUUGAUAUUGAUGCUGAUUUCACGCCACUUUUCAAUUGGAAUACAAAGCAAGUGUUUGUUACAGUGGUCGCUCAGUAUGAAAACGAGAAAUUUGAACGAAAUCAAGUUGUGCUCUGGGAUAAGGUCAUUACCAAUCAAGACAAGAAGCAUUUAAAAUUGCGUAAUGUACGUAACAAGUAUGCAAUGAUUGAUGUGGGUCAGAGAUGGAAUUUCCAGAAUGCAAGUUUGACUCUGUUAUGGGAUGUUACACCUUAUGUUGGCAUUCUUCAAGCUGGCCAGUCCAACAAGAAGGCAUCUCCAUUCGUAUUACCUUCAUUUGCAUCACAACAGCAGCAAAAAUAA